CCCAUAGCAGGGCCCAUGGCCUCCCCGCGCCUGGGGACCUUCUGCUGUCCCACAAGGGACGCGGCCACGGAGUUCGUGCUGAGCUUCCAGCCGCGGGCGUUCCACGCGCUGUGCCUGGGCAGCGGUGCGCUCCGCCUGGCGCUCGGUCUCCUGCAGCUGCUGCCUGGGCGCCGGCACACGGGCCCUGGGGUCCCCGCCACCUCCCCGCCUGCCUCGGUCCGCAUCCUGCGCGCGGCCACCGCUUGCGACGUGCUCGGCUGCCUGGGCAUUGUAAUCCGGUCUACAGUGUGGUUAGGAUGCCCAGAUUUCAUCGAGAGCAUCUCCGAUGUGAACGGGACAGACAUCUGGCCUGCUGCCUUCUGCGUGGGGAGUGCGAUGUGGAUACAGCUGUUGUACAGUGCCUGCUUCUGGUGGCUGUUUUGCUAUGCAGUCGACGCUUACCUGGUGAUCCGGAGAUCAGCAGGACUGAGGUAUUCCCGGAGGAAACAACCAUGGGUGGAGCUGAUGGCCAUUAAGAGGCUGCAGCUGGGGGGUGUGGUUGGGUGUGAGAGGGGCCUGGACCACGCCAUCCCCCACUAUGUCACCUCAUACUUGCCGCUGCUGCUCGUGCUUGUGGCCAAUCCCAUCCUGUUCCAAAAGACGGUGACUGCAGUGGCCUCUUUGCUGAAAGGAAGACAAGGCAUUUACACGGAGAAUGAGAGAAAGAUGGGAGCUGUGAUCAAGAUCCGAUUUUUCAAAAUAAUGCUGGUUUUAAUGAUCUGGUUGGAGCUUAUCACUCUUACCCCUGCAUGCUCUACUCUGUCCGUGCCACACCAACCUGUGUGUUUCUUGUCCCCACAGGGGAUACUGAAUCCAGCCCAAGGAUUCCUCUUGUCCUUGGCCUUCCACGGCUGGACAGGAUGCAGCCUGGAGUUUCAGUCCCCCUGGAGGGAGAUCCAGUGGGAGUCACUGACGACCUCGGCUAAUGAGGGGGCUCACCCAGCUCAUGCGGGCUCCUAUGAGCCCCCUGAAAGCCCCACUUGCAGAAAGGAAUCGAGACUGGGCGGGCAGACUUCUGACGAAGCCCUGAGCAUGCUGUCUGAAGGUUCUGACGCCAGCACAGUUGAAAUCCACACAACAAGUGGGCCCCACAACAACAGGGAGGUCGGCUCUGCACCCGAAACCCAUGGAGACCUGUGAAGGCAACACUGCGGG